GUCUCGUGCUCGGACCGGGCUCUGGAUCCCGCUCGGCCCCCGGAUCCCGCUCGGCCCCCGGAUCCCGCUCGGCCGGCUGUUCCCGGCCCGCUGUGGCGCGCCCCAACACCCUGCGUUCCCCGCACCCGCACUCGGCCCCGCGGAGGAGAGGCCAUGCCGCCGCGGCGCAGCAUCGUGGAGGUGAAGGUGCUGGACGUGCAGAAGCGGCGGGUGCCCAACAAGCAUUAUGUCUACAUCAUCCGUGUCACGUGGUCCAGCGGCUCCACGGAGGCCAUUUACCGGCGCUACAGCAAAUUCUUUGAUCUCCAGAUGCAGAUGUUGGACAAAUUUCCCAUGGAAGGAGGACAGAAGGACCCCAAACAGCGGAUCAUUCCCUUUCUUCCAGGCAAAAUUCUCUUCCGACGGAGCCACAUUCGGGACGUGGCUGUCAAACGCUUGAUACCAAUCGAUGAAUACUGUAAGGCCCUGAUCCAGCUGCCCCCCUACAUUUCUCAGUGUGAUGAGGUGCUGCAGUUCUUUGAAACAAGACCCGAGGACCUGAAUCCCCCCAAAGAGGAACAUGUUGGGAAAAAGAAAUCUGGGGGCGACCUGACCUCGGUGGACCCCAUGGUCCUGGAGCAGUAUGUAGUGGUGGCAGACUACCAGAAGCAGGAGAGCUCGGAGAUCAGCCUCAGCGUGGGGCAAGUGGUAGACAUCAUCGAGAAGAACGAGUCAGGUUGGUGGUUCGUCAGCACGGCUGAAGAGCAAGGCUGGGUCCCCGCAACCUGCCUCGAAGGACAGGAUGGUGUGCAGGAUGAGUUUUCCCUACAGCCUGAAGAAGAGGAGAAGUACACAGUCAUCUACCCAUACACAGCUCGUGACCAAGAUGAAAUGAACCUGGAGAGAGGAGCUGUGGUGGAGGUCAUCCAGAAAAACCUGGAAGGCUGGUGGAAGAUCAGGUACCAGGGCAAAGAGGGCUGGGCCCCAGCCUCCUACCUAAAGAAGAGCAGCGGGGAGCCUGUACCCCCAAAGUUGGGCCCCGGCUCACCCGCCCACGCGGGCGUCCUCGAGCUGGACGGCGUCUCCCGGCAGCAGAACUCGGUGGGCCGGGAGAAGGAGCUGCUCAACAACCAGAGGGAUGGCCGGUUUGAAGGCCGCCCGGCACCCGACAGUGACGUCAAGCAGAGAUCACCCAAGAUGAGACAGAGACCCCCUCCUCGCCGGGAUAUGACCAUACCUCGAGGUCUGCCCAAGCCUCCCAUCCCACCCCAAGUGGAGGAAGAAUAUUACACCAUUGCUGAAUUCCAGACCACCAUCCCUGAUGGCAUCAGCUUCCAGGCGGGCCUGAAGGUCGAGGUGAUCGAGAAGAACUUGAGCGGCUGGUGGUACAUUCAGAUUGAAGAUAAGGAAGGGUGGGCCCCAGCGACUUUCAUCGAUAAGUAUAAGAAAACCAGCAAUGCCUCAAGACCCAACUUUCUGGCUCCCUUGCCCAAUGAGGUGACGCAGCUCCGGUUGGGAGAUGCAGCAGCAAUGGAGAACUGCACGGGCAGUGAAGCCGUCGGCCCGUCCCGGCCCCUACCCGAUGCACCACAUGGGGCUGUGGACUCCGCCAUGCCAUGGUCCAAAGACUGGAAGGGUGGUAAGGAGGUCCCAAGGAAGGCAUCUUCAGACACGUCCUCGUGUGCAGGCUACGAGGAGAUCUCAGACCCCGACCUGGAAGAGAAGCCCAGCCUCCCUCCCCGGAAAGAAUCCAUCAUCAAGUCGGAAGGGGAGCUGCAGGAGCGACAGAGGAUGGAGCAGCUCAGAGGUUCUUCACCCAAGCCUCCUGGCAUGAUCUUGCCAAUGAUCCCAACCAAACACACGCCUCCAGCCCGGGACAGCAGGAGACCAGAGUCCAAACCUGACAAAAGCAAGUUGUUCCAGCUGAAAAAUGAGAUGGGGCUGGAGUGUGGCCAUAAAGUAUUGGCCAAGGAAGUGAAGAAGCCCAACCUCCGACCUGUCUCCAAAUCCAAAGCUGACCCACCGGAGGAGAGGCCGGAAGCUGUUCCCCAGAAUCCCUUCUUAAAGUCCAAACCUCAGGUUAGGCCAAAACCAGCUCCUUCCCCCAGGACAGAGCCACCUCAGGGCGAAGACCAAGUGGACAUCUGUAACCUCAGGAGCAAGCUCAGGCCUGCCAAGUCCCAAGAGAAACCCUCGUUGGACGGAGAGAGCAGCCCCCAGGCUGGGGGAGGCCAGGACGUGGCCAUCAGCCGCGGCUUCCUCCCAGGGGAGGGGCCUGGCCGUGCCCAGGACAGGACGAGCAAACAGGAUGGGCUCAGCCCAAAGGAGAUGUCCUGCAGAGCCCCUCCAAGGCCGGCCAAGGCCGCAGAUCCUGUGCCUAAGAAUGUGCCAGUCCCCCUCCAAGAGGCUUCCCAGCAGAGACCUGUGGUCCCUCCUCGAAGACCACCACCCCCCAAGAAAACCUCCUCGUCGUCCAGGCCCCUUCCAGAGGUCAGAGGGCCCCUUCCAGAGGUCAGAGGGCCGCAGCAGGAGCCCACCGAAGGCAAGGCAGCUCCUGUCCCAGGCCGGGCCCUGCUUGUCCCCCCAAAAGCCAAACCUUUUCUCUCCAACUCCUCAGGGGGGCAGGAUGACAUGCGAGGCAAAGGUGGGCUGGGGCCACGGAUGAUGGGCAAGAUGGGAGAAAACAAGGAGAAAGUGGCUGCAGCCCCCUUCCCCAAUGCAGACGGCCCCAAGGACUUGUACGUGGCCGUGGCCAACUUUGAAGGAGACGAAGGUACCAGCGGCUUCCAGGAGGGGACGGUGUUCGAGGUCCGGGAAAAGAACAGCAGCGGCUGGUGGUUCUGCCAGUGCCCGUGACGUUUCCUCUGCCAUCAACAAUGAAAUGUUCAUGGUGCUUCCAGGGAAGCAGGUGACCCUCCCUCCCAAUUUAGGUUUUUCCUCUCCUGACCCCACCAUCACACAUGUCAGUAGGUCACAGGCCAAAUGCCAGCCCAGAAAGGCAGGCAAGGAUGGAUUUUAUUCCUUUCCUCACCCCCGCAUACUUUCUCGGGAUGGCUGUUUUAUCUUACACCCUAGGGCAAAACUACAGCUUGUAGUCAUAACGCCAAAUCUUUGGAAAAUCUGCGUUUUAGGACCACCCCUUGAUAAAACAGGCCUUUACUCAAGUUUUUUACUCAGAAUUUCUUUGCCAUUUGGUGGGUUUAUGUCCUUGUCCCAGGAUGAGACUUGGGGAGCUGGGCUGCAGCUCAAACCAUUUUUAAUGCCCUGCCCUGCCGGGAGAUUGCUAGAGCCUCACCAGGCUUCCAGUAGUCAUGUUACAUGUCCUCCCCAAAGCCUCGCCACGUGAUUGAUUUCUUAGACAAAGUUCUUGGCCUUAAAACAUUUCUGGGCCCACAGAGGAUUUCCUUACCAGGUAGAAUGUAGGAAAACAAACUUGCCACAUUAAAGGACAGAUGCCAAAUCUCCCCAAGGUUGGAAGACCCUACUCUUAGGCUGAGGGAUGGACAGUCUAGUAUUUAUUUCGUUUGUACCGAGUGCAUGGCACUGAGUGGGAUGAAGUAGAAAUCGCUCCUGGCCUCAGGUAGCUGGCAACUCAACAUCAUCAAGAACGAGAACAUUCGUGCCUCGGCUUGGCUCCCGUCCUUUCAUUGUUUCUGAGUUUUUAAGUGUCGGGUCAGGUCUUGCCCUUCACUUUGGGCUGUGAUAAUGUACAUGUAACAGCCUGAGUCACGUGGCAGUCUUGUCCCCUCCUUGGUUGUCAGGCCCGUCCUUCAGGGCUUCUGCUGCAAACAACCAUACCAGACCAUAGACAAAGAUUCCCUAUUGCCAAACAGUGUGGCCUGAAUGAGUAGGAAACUGGCUUGCGUUGAGGCCUGAGGGUGCGGCAGGCCCUCCGUUAGCCUGGAGGAAUUGCUCCUAACUUGGCCAAGUAACGUCUAGAUGGACCUUAGCCCGUGAAGGUCACAGACAGAGUUGUGGAGUUGCAGAGUUUAAACCAGGAGACUCCAGAGUCUUUGUCUGCUCGUGGACCACCUGCUGAGGACCCUUCUCACAGACUUGACCGUCCAGCCCCAUGGGGUAACGUCUGCUUUCUGGUGCUACCUUGUGGAGUUUUCAAGCCACCCAUUGUGUUUCAACAUUCCACCUUUCCCGUUUUUAUCGUCUGCUCCCAAAUAGGCCUUCUUGGCUCCAGUCAGGAACAAGGGACUCAACUUCUGUUGUCCUUGAAGAGGCCAAGCCCAGUGCCACAGCCAGUAGCCUUCACUUUCAGGUCUUCUAUAAACGUACAAGAGGAGGUGCACCCACCAGGCUUAUGAUGGCAAUAAGCAAUCCUAACACAACUAAGGUGUCCAUAUUUUACCCCAGUGUACGCCCGUCUGUGACAUUGUGCCCAUGUAAUUGUUAGUAGCAGCACCCCUUCCACUCACGGGGUGAUAACAAACUGGUCACCUUGGCUACAACCCACAUUUCCUGCUUCAGGGAGCCACCAAGUAACUAGGCCAUUUCUUGCAUCCCUCCAGGAGCAGUGGGCUCUGACAGCAUUGCCCCACCACCUCGCGUCUGCUCACAGGAUGAUGCUGGAGAUCUCUGGACAUCUCAGCACUCCUCAUACCCUUGGCAAGCUGACACAUUCUGGUG